GGCAAACUGCAACACGAAGAGAUCAUGAAACUGCUAAUCUUUGCCUGUCUGCUGAGCCUGGCGCUGGGCCAUGAAGUUUACUAUACGCCGGGCUAUAGCUACUAUCCGGCGGCUGCUGCUGCUGGCGUUAGCUACACUCGAGCUGCUGCUGCCUUGCCGCUUGCCUACUCGCGGCUGGUGGCACCUGUGGCCGCCUCGCAUGUUUACCACAGCGUACAGACGCCCAGCUCCUUCCAGCAGCAAUAUCGCAGCGAGUACAAGCCGCAGCCUUUGACUUAUGAGUACAUCUAUUAGAUAUAGAAACACACACAAUUGUGAAAUCUGAAUAAACUUUUGUC